GUUUUAUUUUUAUUUUUAUUUUCUGAUUUCCCCUUUCCUCUCUCCCGGAGCCGUUGAGAUUUAAGCGGAAGCAACGAAGACGACGGAUAGAAACCCUUCGCCCCUCUUUCUCGCCUCCAUCCUUAUCUUCUCCCUGAUAAAACCGUUAUUCUUCGAUCCUUGAUCGUCUCUAACGUUUAAUCCUCGGAGAACAAAGAGGGUAGUAUGAUCACUCGAUCGAUUGUCCUCAUUCUGUUAAUUUCGAAAACCCUAAGCCUCUGAUCAUGGCAGCAACGUCAACCUCCAUCAACGCCCAGUCGCCGGGCCUCAAGACCUAUUUUAAGACCCCCGAGGGCCGCUACAAGCUCCAGUACGAGAAGACCCACCCGGCCGCAAUCCUCCACUACUCUCAUGGCAAGGCCGUCUCCCAGUUGACGAUCGCUUAUCUGAAGGAGAAACCUGCCAACCAGGCGCCGUCCACGCCGUCGACCCCGAGCUCCGGCGGAGGGGUGAGGUCGGCGGCGGCGAGGCUGCUUGGGGCUGGGAACGGGAGCCGGGCGCUUAGCUUUGUUGGGGGGAAUGGCGUUAGCCGAGUGGUUUCGGGGAACAGCAGGACCGGAGGGUCCCUUGGAUCCUCCAUUGGAUCGAGUAGUUCUCAGUCCACGUCUAAUUAUGACGGCAAGGGGGCGUACCUUAUCUUCAAUGCCGCUGACACUCUCUUCAUCAGUGAUCUCAAUUCGCAGGAUAAGGAUCCAAUCAAGUCCAUCCACUUCAGCAACUCGAACCCUGUAUGCCAUGCCUUUGAUGCCGAGGCUAAGGAUGGGCACGAUUUGCUCAUUGGUCUGCACUCCGGUGACGUUUAUUCGGUGUCAUUGAGGCAACAAUUGCAGGACCCUGGAAGGAAGCUCGUAGCAGCUCAGCAUUAUAACAAGGAUGGCACUAUAAAUAACAGCCGAUGCACUGGUGUUGCAUGGGUUCCAGAAGGUGAUGGUGCUUUUGUUGUUGGUCAUGCUGAUGGAAAUCUGUAUGUGUAUGAAAAAAGCAAGGAUGGGACUGCAGAUUGUUCAUUUCCUGUUAUCAAGGAUCAAACCCAAUUUUCUGUUGCACAUGCACGGUCAAGUAAGAGCAAUCCAAUCGCUAGAUGGCAUAUUUGCCAAGGUUCAAUCAACAACAUUUCUUUCUCAACAGAUGGAGCAUAUUUAGCCACUGUUGGCAGAGAUGGUUAUCUGAGAGUAUUUGAUUUCACAAAAGAGCAACUAAUAUUUGGUGGGAAAAGCUAUUAUGGUGCCUUACUAUGUUGUGCCUGGAGUUCUGACGGGAAAUAUAUAUUGACUGGCGGUGAAGAUGAUCUAGUUCAAGUUUGGAGCAUGGAAGACAGGAAGAUAGUAGCGUGGGGUGAGGGACAUAAUUCAUGGGUUAGUGGUGUUGCUUUUGAUUCCUACUGGUCAGCACCAAAUUCAGAUGGAACAGGAGAGAAUGUCAUGUAUCGCUUUGGUUCCGUUGGCCAGGACACUCAGCUGCUGCUGUGGGACCUGGUAAUGGAUGAAAUUGUGGUGCCAUUUCGAUCCUGUCCUCCUGGUGGGUCCCCAACACUCAGCAGCGGAAGUCAUUCUGCUCACUGGGACAACAUUUGUCCCAUAGGCACACUUCAACCUUCUCCAAGUAUGCGGGAUGUGCCCAAACUCUCGCCUCUGGUUGCUCACCGUGUGCAUGUAGAGCCACUCUCUGGUUUGAUAUUUACUAAUGAAUCAGUGCUUACUGUUUGUCGGGAGGGACAUAUCAAGAUCUGGGUGAGGCCUGGGAAUGGUGAAAGCACCCAAUCAAACUCCUCCGAAGCAGUUGCAGGUUUUGCUAGUUCAAAAGACAGACCUCUUACAUUAUCCAUCAAAUCCACGACUUCAAGUUAUAAGCAACCAUCAGCUGUUCUCUUUACAUGACUAGGAUCUUGCCUGCUGGUAUGCAACAUCGGUCAGUUGCUUGUCUUUGGCCAAUGCGAAGCUUAUUUGGUCCCUUUGAUCUUUUUUUUUUAUUAUUAUGAUUUACUGCUGAUGAAGAGUUAGUGGAAUUCUUGCAUCUUUUCAAUUGUUAGCUGCUCAUGGAAGUGCUGAAGUUUUAUGCUGUAAGAUGCUUCUGGUUGCAGCAUGUUAGUACUGCCAUUUGUGUGGCAGCAGAGAAUAAUGGAAUGCUCUCCUGUACAGAUAUAUAUUCCAGUCUAAAGAUAUGGAAGCUGCAUAUCGUCAUGGUUGAUAUUAUUUGAAGUGUCUAAUAUAAUUAGAAGCGACAGGGUAUUUAUUGAUUUUUGGUCA